AUGACCAUCGAACGAGACCGACUGGUGUCUCCCGCCUCGAGUCUCCGCAAAAAGGAGCAUAAUGGUAGGAGACUCACCAUCAAUGCCACGAACAUAGGAAGGUGGACGAUGACUUGGGAGGUGGAGGUGGAGGUGGAUAUACCGGUGCCCAUCUUGAUAGGAGCCAGGAGUGUCGAGAAGCGACGAUUGAUCAUUGAGAGAGCAGCCAAGGGCGAAAAAUCCAGGGCUGAAAAAGAGAUGUCGUUGAGAGUGGUAAUCGUGGAACGGAGACUCGAUGUCGUAUAUUGGAUGUGGCAACGAACGACUCUGGUUGGCGCCUCGACCGCAUCGCUCGCUGCCGGCAAAGGCGACUACACGAACGACGGUGACGACUGCUCGAGCUGCAGAAAUCCAUCUUGCCUGCUCAAUCCGUACUUGAUCCCUCUGGCCUGCAUGUUCAAUGUCUCGCCCCGUGUUUCAUAA